UUUUCACAUUUUGCCCUUCAAAAUUUCCUCUCAACAAAAAUUCUCACUGCAAAUCACCGAAGAGCUUGAUAUCAAAAAAGAAGAAAAAAUGGAGAAGAUGGGAGCACUGAGAACUAUAUACAGGGCAGCCUGCCUUGGAUCUUCGCGUUCUGCUGCUAUUAGCCAAAGCCAGCUCCGUCACCACUUGGCUUCUCGAUCUCUUUUCACUGUCUCUGCGCCUUCAGUUUCAACUACUCCCAAACGCAUCCCUUGCGAUUUCAGGUCUCCUUUUGCAAUGAGCCUAGGAAGUUCACGAUCUUUUAGCGAGGAUGUAACUCACUUUCCUGACAUUAAAGAUCCUGAAAUUUUAAAUGUUUUCAAGGACUUGAUGGCUACAAAUUGGGAUGAGCUCCCUAAUGCAGUUGUCAGUGAUGCAAAGAAAGCAUUGUCUAAAAACACUGAUGACAAGGUUGGCCAGGAGAUCCUGAAGAAUGUUUUCCGUGCAGCUGAAGCUGUUGAAGAAUUUGGUGGUAAGAUCAUGUCUCUGAAAAUGGAACUUGAUGACAUCAUUGGAUUGAGCGGCGAGAAUGUAAAACCUUUGCCGGAGUUGCAUGCUAAUGCAAUUCGUACUUUUUAUCAACGGUAUGCUGCGUAUUUGGACUCAUUUGGGCCUGGUGAAGGUUAUUUGAGGAAGAAAGUAGAGACAGAGUUGGGAUCAAGGAUGAUAUACUUAAAGAUGAGAUGCUGCGGCCUUGGUGCUGAGUGGGGGAAGGUUACGGUUCUUGGCACUUCUGGGCUUGCUGGCUCUUAUGUUGAGCAAAGAGCUUAGGGUUGCAGUUUGGAAAGAUUUGAGCUUUCAGAAUUUUGAACCAUGUUUUUGAAUAGUUGGAGACAGAAUGUGGUAUUCCUCUGAAAAAAUCUUCCAAGUUGAAGUUCUUGGUUGUUAAAUAAUAGCUUAUCUAUGUUGACAAUUUAAAACUGUUGUUUCCUCCAGUUGUUAAGUUUCGUCUUACAAAUUUCCUUCCUUGUGAUGGUUAAUAACUCUCUCUUCCAAAAUAAGGUACUGUUGCAAUGGUUUGGCCAUGGGCAAGUAAAUAAGUGGAAGUUUUUCCCUUGGUUUGAA